GAAGUGGAGGAUUUGUGUCGGUGAUGCGUGCGUCGCUGCUGAGACAGAAGCAGCAGCAGCGCAACUCAGCUGUGUGGGAGGAGAAUCGAGCGACCAGCAACAGGCGAUAACUUUCAGCACUUUGAGGUCCGUGAAGAUGAGCGACGCAACUCAGCCCAAAGUUGAGCUUUUCGUGAAAGCAGGAAGCGAUGGCCAGAGCAUCGGGAACUGCCCUUUCUCCCAGCGGCUCUUCAUGGUGCUGUGGCUGAAAGGAGUCACCUUUGAUGUUACCACAGUGGACAUAAAGAGGAAGCCCGACAUCUUGAGUCACCUGGCUCCCGGUGCUCAACCCCCCUUCCUGUUGUAUGGCAGCGAGGUGAAAACUGACACCAAUAAGAUCGAGGAGUUCCUGGAAGAAAACCUGUGCCCACCAAAGUUUCCACGUCUGGCUGCUCGUAACCCAGAGUCCAACACAGCGGGUUUAGAUGUCUUCUCCAAAUUUUCCGCAUACGUAAAGAACCCAAACCCUCAGGCCAAUGAAAAUCUAGAGAAAGGUCUGCUGAAGGCUCUGAAGAAGCUGGACGACUACCUCGGCUGCCCACUUCCUGAGGAGAUUGAUGAGAAUAGCUCCGAUGAGGUCACUUCCUCGUCCCGCUCCUUCUUGGACGGCCAAGAACUUACUCUGGCUGAUUGCAACCUGUUGCCCAAGCUCCACAUUGUGAAGGUGGUAUGCUUGAAAUACCGGAACUUCAGCAUCCCUGACUCUCUAACAAACCUCUGGAGGUACCUGAACGCUGCGUAUGCCCGGGAGGAGUUCGCCUCCACCUGCCCGAUCGACGAGGAGAUCCACAUCGCGUACUCUUCUGUGGCUAAAGCCCUCAAGUAGGAGGACAGCAGCGCGUACAGGUCACAACUACACCGGCAGACACACGAGCACCUGAAGGCAGCGGACGUUCACUCUGCAAGCAACUUGAUUGACCCAUUGUUUUCUGAACAUGUGCUCUUCUCACUCUGAAUCCACACAGUUGCCUGACACAGUUUUCCACAAUGCCUACACGUUGGACACCUGGUUGUUGAUCCUGUUGCUUGCAGACACACGAGUUGUUCACGUGCACAGAUUCACCGCCCGUUCAUAAUCUGAGUUUGGAAACGUUGCCGUUCUACAUUUAUUUGUUUUUGGGAAAACAGCAGACACAAAGAUGCCUGGGAGAUCAAACUUUCACUAGUACCGUACAAGCCUCACACAAGCUGAUUCCACUCUUUGUUGGUCCUGGCAUUAAAGGAAAUGCUAAACCAUCACCAGCUCACACACUCACAAGUGUCUUUAGUGGCUUGUGUGAAAUCACAGAUUUUAUGACGCCUUUUAUAGAAUUUUUUUAUAUUAAAGCCAACUUUUUUAAACAUAACUGCUUUUUAUUCUUCAAGGAGAAAGGAGGUGCAACACUGCUUCUCGCUGUAGAGACACAGUGACAGGAAACUAUUUCAGGAUCGGGCUUCCCCUCUCUGUGCUCCCACAGUAGGUGUGAAGGAUUAUUCAUUAUAAUGAAGAUUACAAAGCUGGUUGCUGAUCUGCUGUAGGAGCUUCUUGCCAACAGUAUUUUCUUUUCUGCCUCUGGUCCUGUUUGUGUCUUAGAAGGUGAUCGUGUUGUGUUAAACUGCCUGUGAAGGCUGUUUGUUGCCUAAGCUCUUCACUCGUCCUGCUUCCUCCAGUGGCCUGAGGUCUCUGAGGAAACAGGAAGGAAGUUUAAUGCAAACAUGUAUGUUUAAAAUCCAAAUGGCACUAGUAAGUUUUUAUAUUAUAUGAUGAGUCUGGAUAUAUUUGUUUUUAACAUUUUCCUUGCCGUAAACAAAUCUCAUGAAAAGACCCAAGUGUGACUUAGACUUUGAGAGGAGCUUCAAUCGGUUUGAUUCAAAUCAAAGUUUUCUUCUGCUGGUGAAUUUGCUGACUUUUGAACACACUUUCAUUACACACACAUUUGGUGCAGGAGACAAACACAGCGGCCUUUUUCAUGAUAAAGAUCAGUUCCAGAGUUUCAUUUGGCACAUGUCCUCAUACGCUGAUGCUCAUAUUUACCUGAAGGCUGAUUAACCGUCUGUCACUGUGAAGGAAUAACUCUGGCACACCCCAUUUUGUCACUUGUCUAAAUAUUUGUUAGCUUCGUAAUAAUAGUUGGCAUUUAGAUCAGGUAUAUGUUCUUCCUGACAGUUUGACAACAUUUGUUUGUGGUUUAACAGGAAGAGUUAAACUAACUUGGUCUUUUUCAACUAAUAUUCUGAUUCACGGUGUCAUACAGUAAGUGCAUACAGUAGUAGACAGUAGAUGUUAUUUUGGUCUUUUCAUGGGAUUUAAAGCCUUUUCGCUCCAAUUAAUGCUACCUUAAUCUCUAAAUUACAGUUCCCUGUCACGUGUUGGUUUGAUGUAUUCGGUCUAAGCAGCUUCUGUAGAGUUUAUGCGCAACCAUAUGAAGAAUGAAAUGAGGCUUUGAAGGUUUCAAACAUCUUUUGUUGUUUGUGUCAUUGUGUAUUAGGUUUGUCACGUCAGGGAAAAAGUCAUUAAAGUAAAACCUAAGUGCAAUUUAAACUGGGCUAAAAGACGACGUUGAGAGUGAGCACAGCUGCCGUCCACGUGUUAACCCUUUCCCUACUGAACUGCCAGGUGUGAGAAGUGACUGAGUCGUUGUGGAUUUCAUCUGUUCUCUAUUGUUUAAAGGGAUUGUGUCAGAAUAAUUUCAUUUCUGUUGUGUUUUAAUAUUUCCUUCCUCCAAGUGUGGAAGCCUUUUCACUUUUUACUGUAGGAUUUGAUACAAGUCAGGGACGAUUAAACUGUGUUGGAUUCAUUUCAAACAUACUGUUUCCUUUUCAUCCACAUUUAUUUUAUUAUUUGUAGUCAAGCGUGUAUUUUGUCAUGGGACCAAUAUGCUUCCUUUUUUUUGUUGUAUUUCUUGCUGUUUGCCAUAGAUGCACUUAAACGUCCACCAAACAGCUGGUGUGGCCUCUAAACCCCAGAAUUUAAAUCGGUGAUGAAGACAAUCAAACUAACGGCACAACUGAAGUGUAUUUUAUACUUUUAAGCUCUUUCAAAGAGACAUUGUUGUUACAAACACAUUUUUUAAUGUCCCAAUAAAAUAUCUUUAACAGA